CGACCCUCUAGUACUAUAUAAAUACACGAUACCCUUCUUUUACCCAUUCCACUGAUCAGCCUCUACUUCAAAAAAAUACGCACACACAAACCCUCAGCUCCAAUAUUAUUCACAUCGGCAUUUAUGGCAGCUCCCAAUGCUGGCAAUGGCCUUGAUAUGGAUAACUACAGUUGGGGCCAAUCUCUGCAAGAGGUUAAUAUAAACAUCCCAGUGCCUUUGGGAACAAAAUCUAGGGAUAUUGUGCUUGAGAUGAAGAAGAACCAUCUCAAAGUCGGACUCAAGGGUCAGCCUCCGAUUAUUGAUGGGGAGCUCUUUCAAUCUAUAAAGGUUGAUGAUAGUAUUUGGAGCCUUGAGGAUCAGAAGUCUAUCUAUGUACUUCUUUCCAAGCAGGACAAAAUGCAAUGGUGGAAAUAUUUCAUUAAGGGUGAUCCUGAAAUCGACACACAGAAGGUAGAGCCUGAGAGCAGCAAACUAUCUGACCUUGAUGGAGAAACACGAUCUGCCGUUGAAAAGAUGAUGUUCGAUCAGCGUCAGAAGCAAAUGGGCCUUCCCACCAGCGAUGAUAUCCAAAAACAGGACUUGAUGAAACAAUUCAUGGCCCAGAAUCCCAACAUGGACUUUUCGAAUGCUAAAUUUGCUUGAGUGCGGCUGAGGAAAAUAUCUAGCGGAUAAGUAGUUAAAAGGAUUUCUCGUUUGCUAUGUUUUUACAUUACAAUCAAUUUUGCUCUGUUUAUAUGGUGAUUUGGGAAACUUGCUCUGUUACAUCUUAUACUUAAUGGUUAAAAUCUUGUAGCACCAACUUGUCCGACUGAAUUUUAAGGGUUAUAUUUGAACUCAAAGCAUAGCUUUAAAUUAGUUCAUACUUUUGAGAGUCUCUUAC